CGCAAAGGUGUCGUGCCUAUUCGUGGCUCCGCGAUUUGCAAAAGAAGUGAUCCGGCCUUCAAAUCGCUGCCAAGGAUAUGCUGCGCCCGCUCCUCACGUCGUCCGUCUUCGCCCUCAGCCGCGCGCUGGUGCAGCAGCGCUGCAUGCUGCAGGGCGCGGCGAAGCACCAGCGUAGCGCUUCGCGCAUGCCGGAGAGUGAACCGGGCCUCCGCUGGGCGACGGGCACGGGUGAGCCCAUCAGCUGCAAGGCCGCGGUCGCGUUCGGCGUCGACGACCUGAGACCGACGGACAUUGUCGUGGCCGCGCCAAGCUAUCCGAUUGCGCCCGAGGACCUUGAGAGGGCUGCCGCCGCGUUGGAGCGCGGCCUCGUCGAGCGUUCGGCCGAGGCGCGCCUCGUGCUGCUCGGCGCCGCGACGCGCGAGCACGUGCUGCUAGUGGGUCCGCCCGGGGUCGGCAAGAGCCUGCUGUGCCGGCGCCUCGGCGCGCUGUUCUCGGAACACGACUCGUACUUCGAGGUCGCGCUGACGCGCUUCACGACGCCCGAUGACGUGUUCGGGCCCCUGUCGCUCAAGGCGCUCCGCGAGGACGUGUCGCAAAGGGCCGCCGACGGCUUCGCAGGUAGUGCGGAAGUAGUCUUUCUCGACGAAAUAUUUCGCGCGCGCGCGCUGCUGCCGGCGCUGCUGCAGCUCCUCAACGAGCGGACGUGGCCCGACGGCUCGCGGAACCGGCCCGCGAAGUUGGUGAGCGCGGUCGCCGCGACGAACGCGCUGCGCGACGCGGACGACGACGACGACGACGCGCUCUUCGACCGCUUCCUCUUCCGCCGGGCCGUGGCGCCCGUGUCGGACGCCGGCGCGCUCGACCUGCUCCUGACGCCGACGGACGACGAUUCUCGCGACGACGACGCCGCGUUGCUAGCGCCGUUGAGGGAGACGCUAGGCGGCGCGCGCGCGAGCCUCCCGCGCCGUCGCGCCGCGGUGCUCGCGUCUUGCAGGGCGUGGCUCCGGGACGAGCGCGGCGAGUACGUCUCGGACCGACGGUUACGGCGGUGCUCCGAGGCGAUCCGCGCGGCCGCGCUGGCGUGCGGGCGCACGGAGGUGGGCGCUCUUGAUAUCUUGCUCGCGGCGGACGCCCUGUGGCAGCGGCCGGAGACGCGGGCGCCGCUCGUGGAGUGGCUUGUUGAUCACACGGUUCCCGACGACGCGGCGACGAUGCGCCUGCUGCUGGACGCGCUGCGGGCGCGCGAUGCUCCGAGCGAGCAGGACGCGGAGGAGAUCGUCGCCGCCGCCACGGCCGCGCGAAGCGACCUCGCCGCCGACGCCGCGGCGACGGCCGAGGCCGAGUGCGUGUUCCUCGCGCCGGCGGCGCUUGCCGCCGCGAAGCAGGCGCUGGCGUCCCUCUACGCCGAGCGACUGUCCGCGCUCGCCGCCGUCCUCGAGAGCGCGACGGCCGUCCGGGACGCGAUCCGUGCGGGCGACCCGCUGCCGGUCGCGGAUGAUGUUUCGGUCGUCGAGCGCGUCUGGGACGACGAAGACGGCGACGACGACGAGUCGGACGGCAAGAAAAAGCGAAAGAAGCGGAAGAAGAAGCGGUGAUCGCGAUAAAUAAGUUGUGCUAGUGUCUU